ACUACAGGGGAAAGGCCACGGAUCCAUCGGACGGCCGCUCCCGCGCAUCCGACGGUCCAGAUUGCUCCCGCGAGCGCUAUAUCAUCCUUGGCAUCGCAUAGCCCAGCCGCUUGCGUCUCCAUUCGCCGCCGCCUUCCUCCUUAACCCCUCUCAGAUUGGAACUAUGGCCUUGGCUAAUAAGCUUGGUAAUCUGCUCAAGAAAGCCACUAGCUCGAAUCCGACUCUCUAUCAGGCGAUAAGAUGCAUGUCAUCCUCGAAAAUCUUUGUUGGAGGGCUUUCCUACAACACAGAUGAGACAGGUCUGAGAGAGGCGUUUACCCAUUAUGGUGAUAUAAUUGAUGCUAAGAUUAUCGUAGACCAUGAAUCUAGAAGGUCUAGAGGUUUUGGCUUUAUAACUUAUGCGGCAGAGGAUCAGGCAAAAGCUGCCAUCAUGGCCUUAGAUGGAAAGGAACUACAUGGGCGCAACAUACGGGUUAGUGAAGCCAAUGAGCGGACUAGUGGCUUCCGUGGUGGUGGUGGUUAUGGAGGCGGUGCUUAUGGUGGUGGCAGUGGUGGCUAUGGUGGUGGCGGUGGCGGUGGUGGCUAUGGGGGCGGUGGUGGCGGCUAUGGUGGCGGUGGCUAUGCAGGCGGUGGCGGCUAUGGCGGCAGUGGUGGGUAUGGUGGCAACAGGGGUGGUGGCGGUGGUGAUAGUUACAGCACCCCUGUAGGGUCUGGGUACAAUGACACCUUCCCUGCCGGCAACUUUGCUCCUCCUGCCGGUGACAAUUUUGGUGCCAACUUUGGUGGUGACAGUAGUUUCGGUGGAAACCCUGCUGGAAACUAUGGUGCUCCUGGUGUUUUGACAGAUGGUGAUGAGUUCGCCACUGGUGCCCCUGUUUCAAACUCUGAAAAUGCCAAGAAUGAUGAUUUCCCAGAGGACAUCUUCAAGGAUGAUGAGCCUGACAACUAUGCCAACAAGAGGGCCUAGUCUUGUGUCUUCGAGCCUCCUUUGCAUAUCCCUAAUGAUGAACCGUGGAUAAGUGUGUGGUGAAUGAUCAUCCAGAUCAGAUACUUUAUUCAUAGGUAUCUACUGUCUAGAUCAAAAUAACCAAGCCUUAUGCGUGCUACUUUGUGUUGAGGUGACAAUGGCCAUGUGCCUUGAAAUUGGAUGUUUCUUUCUCCUUGCUAGUUAUCUUCCAGUUGUGAUGUUUUUCACAAGUUUAUAGAAUUAUCCGUUUUGCCACCAAUUAACCUGAUUUGUUGCUA